AUGGCGGACGCGCCGCCCGAAUUUAUCGAGCUCAACGUGGGCGGCGUGCAUUACGCCACUACACGCGAUACGAUCCUCCGCGAACCCGACUCGCUGCCCGCCGUCGCGCUGCAAGACCCUGAACAUCCGCGGGACGCUCGCGGACGAAUUUUUUUUGAUCGAGACGGUGUUCUCUUCCGUUAUGUUUUGGAUUAUCUCCGAGACGGGAGUCUUGUACUUCCAGAAUGCUUUCGGGAACAUAAGCGAUUAACACGAGAAGCAAAGCAUUACAGACUUGCGGGACUAGAAAAUGCAGUACGGGAUGCAGAUCCUCGUCCCCCCAAUCGUGAGCGAGGAUGCAUCACAGUCGGCUACCGAGGCAGUUUCGCAUUUGGUCGGGACGGUCUCGCCGAUGUUAAAUUUCGCAAAUUAUCUCGUAUCCUUGUUUGUGGGAAGGUGAACCUUUGCCGUGAUGUAUUUGGGGACACACUCAACGAGUCUCGGGAUCCGGAUCAUGGGCUGGCAGACAGGUAUACAUCUCGUUUCUUCCUAAAGCACUCGUUUAUUGAGCAAGCCUUUGAUAUGCUGCAAGAGAACGGCUUCAAGCUGACUGCCAGUUGUGGCAGCGGCACAGCUGGUGGAGUUGCUGAAUUAAAACCUGGUAUGGAUUCAGAAGAAAAUCGUUGGAAUCAUUACAAUGAGUUUGUAUUCGUACGUGAAUAA